AUGGGGACGCUAGAGGCCAAGCCCAAGAAACUCGCCAGCCGCGUGACCGCCAUCACGGUUGAACCGCAGCGGAACGGCUUCAGCAAGAUGACCGACUGGGUGGGGACGCUUGACGUAGAGUUUGAGAAGCGCACCCAGGAACUCGUCAAUCGUUUGGAGGGGUCAGACGGCAAGCUAGGCAAUGCCAUCAGCAGCGUGGUGGAACUGCAGAACGUCCCACUGGAGGAGACGGUGAAGCAGGAGAGCGACUCUAUCGAGGUAAGUGGAGCGAUGGAUGUUUGCAAGUUUCAGAGCAGGUCGGCUGGCGAGCUCGCCGAGUCCAAUGGGCUCCGCGGCAGGCACCAGCCGCCCGCUGGUCACGGCCUGCCCUGGCGAAGGCAGGGAGACGGGCCGCCGACGGGGCGGGUUAUCUGCCGGCGCGCUUCCAUCUCCGACCAGUACGCGCUCGACUCCUCGUCGUCGCGGGUCAAUCCUUCGCUGGUGCGGAAGCAGUCGAAGAUGACCGACAUGCUGGCUUUCGACCAGGAUGCGAUUUGGGAGUACGUCGGCGCAAGGCCGCUGGAGGUCAUCAAGAGGGCUUUUUAUUUGGGGUCCAUCGCGUUCGGGAUGUGGUCUGCGUGGAAGCAGGGCGAGGCGUCGGCCGCAUCCCAAGACGGAGGUGACGCGAAGUCCUACGACUCCACCUCCUUGACACGCGCUGGCCCCACUACCGCGCGCGGCGAGACUCUGAGGUCUGGCCUCGCUGACAUGGGCGUGUUCUUCGUGAAGAUGGGGCAGACGUGCGCUCAGCGCCCUGACCUGGUCGGCGACGAGCUGGCCCAGGAGCUGAAGGGGCUGCAGGAGCGCAACGACCCCUUCAGUGACGAGGUCGCUCUCCAGAUCAUCGCCGACGACCUCGGGCACAAGGGCCCGCUGGCGCCGCAGGUUCCCGUCGCGGGCUGCGACGAGUCCCUGCCGCCCCUGCUGGCAGAGCUCAACCCGAAGCACGUGGCCUCCGCCUCGCUGGGGCAGGUCUACAAGGGCCGCCUGCACGAUGGACGCACGGUAGCGCUGAAGGUGCAGAGGCCAGGGGUCCGGGACGCCCUGGGGGACGACUGGGCCGUGGCCGUGCUCGGCUGCAAGGCCUACAAGUACUUCACGAGCGGGGACAACGACUACAGCCUCAUCGUGGACACCGUCGCCACAGGCAUCCAGAUGGAGGUCGACUACCACGUCGAGGCAGCCAACCUGGAGGAGUUCGCCGUGCGCCACGCCUUCCUGCCGUUCGUGAGCUCCCCCUCCUGGGUCCCGGAGUACACGGGGCCGGAGGGCUCCGCGCGGGUGCUCUGCAUGGAGUGGUACCCCAGCAGGGCGCCGUCGGAGCUCUCCCGGCAGGAGCGGAAGGAGCUGGUGGAGAUGGCCGUGGAGGCGUGCGUGGUCCAGCUGCUGGUGACCGGGUUCGUGCACGCCGACCCCCACGAGGGGAACCUGAGGAUGGGCGACGACGGGCGCGUGGUCUUCCUGGACUUCGGGCUCAGCCGGGGCUUCGCUGCCGGGAUCCGGCACGUCCUCAACCAGGAGUGGCUGGAUCUGGCGCGCGUGAUGCAGGAGGUCCGCUUCGCGCCCACGCCCAUGCUCAAGUUCGUGAGCGUCGAUGGCAAGAAGACCUCAGAAAAGGUGCCGUGCUCGACCGAGGAGUUUGCCGAGGAGCUCGGCAAGACGCUCAUGGGCGAGUCUGGGGGCAUCUCGCGUUUUGGGGCGAUGGCAACCUCUCUGAAGAAGCUGUCGAGCAGAUACCUGAUGCUGACGCCGCCAUACGUCGCCCUGCUCUGCAGGACCUUCAUCACGCUGGAGGGCCUGCUGGGAGAUGACCCGGAGCUUGCCGAUGCGUUCAACAUCUACGAGGUGGCCCUCCCCUUCACCAUCAGCAGGUUCUUGUCCCCUCGCACCAGGAAGGGGCAGAAGAUGCUGCGGGAGGCCCUCAUGGAGCAGGAGCCCUGCGUGCGACACCGAAUGAGCGCGCACCACGCGGGAGGCGCCAGGCUGAACUGGGAGUCGUUCGCCGAGCUGUUGGACGACUCCUGCGUGCUGCCGGCGGACGAGGCCGAGGAGGCCGAGCCCGCGAGCUUCGGCGCGCAGGAGGGCGUGCAGCGGCGGCUGCUGCUGACCUCGGAGGGCGCGGCGCUGCGACGCUUCGUUUACGACGUCGACGUCUACGAGGUGCUGCACAGCUUCCUGGUGUCCCAGGAGGCGCGGCGGCUGCGCGACGGGGUCGUGGACUUCCUGGCCGCGCGCUGGGCCGCGUGGGCUCAGGCCACUGGCGAGCAGGGUGCUUUUGCGAGCAGUGGAGCGCGCUUGCUCGACUCCCUCUUCCUCGUCAGGAGGCCCGCGGCCCAGCGGCGGCGGCGGCGGUCCUUCGGCCCGCGGAGCGCGGCGGCCUGCCGGUACUGGGGCGAGUGGGAGCGGGAGGGGCCCUACGUGCUGCCGCGGGGAGUGCUCCGAACCUCGCGGGCUGCCUGGCGCCUGGUGCUCCGCCGGCAGCUGAAGUACAUGGCCUGGCCUCCGUGGCGCAUGCCCUACCGCCUCACGGUGGGCGUCCUGCGGCUGUUGGCGGCGUCCGGCGCUCUCGGCGUGCGCGCCGCCCUCCGGUCGAGGUCGCUGCUCGCCCGGGACGCGGUGUCCGGGAGCGCGUCGUAG